AUGAAAACAAUUAAAUGUGAUGGAGGAUCAUAUAAAAUUGGACAGGCACAUGGCGUGGGCGCGCAAGAAAUGAUUAGUCGCAGUAUUUCUUUCUACCAGAAGAUGUUUGCCCACACUUGCAAAAUGGAAUGGAGCACUGUUCGCGGGAUUUCCAAGGAGUGGCAGAGUCAAAUUGAGCAAAAGUGGCCGAAGUACUACAAUGAGAUGCAAGGAAUUGCAGAUGGUGCAGGAUUGCCAUUCAUCGAUAUCAUCAUUCUCAAUAUUCGCACCGAAAUCGCGUUUGGAAUGUUUAAUGAUGGAUGUACAAGUCUGUAUUGGAAGACCCACAACAAUUCUUUUUUGGCUCAGAAUUGGGAUUGGAUGGAAGAACAAAAGCAGAACCUGAUCAUCCUCGAUAUCACUCAGGACGAUGGGCCUCGAAUCAAGAUGAUUACCGAAGCUGGUAUCAUCGGAAAGAUUGGAUUCAACGAACUCGGCGUUGGCGUGUGUCUAAAUGCCAUCAAAGUGCCCGGGUGCAACUCGUCACGUCUUCCAGUUCAUCUUGCGCUUCGAUCCGUGCUGGAUAGCCCCUCGGCCAACGAUGCUGUUCGGCAGUUGGAAGAGGCCGGGAUAGCCGCGUCCGCGCAUAUUCUGAUCGCUGACAAAGAUGAAGCCAUCGGGUUGGAAUCAACAGCAGAGACUAUCAGAAUUAUCAAAAUGAAUGAGCAGCAUCAGAUUUUUCACGCAAACCACUUGCUGUUGGAUCAUGAUGGCCCUCUGGAUGCUGGCUGGCUGGCUGACUCACUUCCCCGCCAGCAGCGUAUCAAGAAGCUGGCUCUAAAAUAUGAUCCAUCUGCGGGUCGAGAGCCGGGCGUGACUGAUAUUACACACAUUUUGGACGAUCACGAUGGAUUUCCGGUCUCAAUCUGUCGUUACGAAAAAGGUCCACUGGGAAUGGAUGCCACGCUGUUCAGCAUUGUCAUGGAACUUCGGGGUAGAGCUGCUACCGUGUACCUGGGAAGACCGUGUCAACCUGAAGAGACAGUAGCACUAGACUUUGAAUAA